CUUGCCGAUGUUAGCGAGGCGCCAAAAAUGCAGGGUGGUUAGUAAGCCUGCUUUCUUCUACCGAACUGCCAAACAUAUGCGUCAACGUUCCACAGCCUCUAGCAGCAGACGACACAGAAUGGCCGGCGCCAGUGUUACGCGCGCAUAGUCUGUGUUUUGAGUUCUUCUUUUGAGACCGUGGUUAGACAAAGCGCGACAUGCUCUCAGCAGACGCCUUUACGGUGGUCAACCACUUGCUAUACAGUCUCGUGAAUGCGAUUUGCGCAUGCCCGUACGCGCGCCUUGCGACCCAUCGAGUUUAGGGUUGGACAUAGCGACGUUGACUGGAGUAGGCAUGCCACGCAACUUCGGAGCAUACUGUGGCCCCUCACUUUGCUCGACGUCAACCGACUCCGAUACGUAUUCAAUAACGGCGUGGGAGAAGCCACCCUUCUGCUUCAGAACGGCUGGCAUGCCGACGAGCAACGCGUUUGGGACCAGGACUCGGAUCGUAACCUGCUUACCGGAUCGCGCCCAGCCAUUGCCGGACUACGUUUCUCCCGCGAGAUCACGUCGGAGAUUCUUUCAAGCAGGGUUCAGAAGGGAGCAUCGGCCGACGAGUUUAGAGAUAUGGCCACCGAGGUCGAGCACCUUCUUCGAUAUACGGGAAUGGUGGACAGAAGACUGCAUGAAACGCUGCCAACCAACGUCCUUGCUGGCCUGUCCAUGAGAUCUGCGGACAGCAUCGCAGAUACGAAUGAAUCUGCGGAGGCAGACUUGGCGGUCUUUUAAGCCCUCUUGGAGCACCUGGAAGAAUCCAUUGCAAUGUUGUCUAUCGCUUGAGAUGACCAUACAAACGCAUCCUUUGAGCACCUCUGUUCCGGAUGAAGCACAUCGAACAGCACUUAGCGAAAGAUUUGUUUACAGAUAUCUCCUCUCUCACAUGUCUCGAUCUAGACAUGAU